UGGCAAGUUCACACGACCGUACAUCGCGUUUGGUUCAAGCAGAUGCGAGUAAUGUUACCAAGCAAUAACGGCCCACGCGAGGGGUUUUCACGUGAUAUUGUAUCAAGAUCAAGUCUCUAUCAGUGUUCAUAAGUGCGUACACUUUGGUGGCCAUCAGUAUAGACAAGUACAUGGUGAUCAUGUGGCCGUUGAAGCCGAGGAUAUCCAAGAGUUUUGCUACGUGUGUGAUAGCUCUAGUUUGGCUGAUUGCAGGGGCUACUGUGCUUCCAACGGCCACAUUUACAACGCUAGUUCAGCCCAACGAGACGAAAUACGAGAUUUGUGAUAGGAUGUUUUUCAGCACAUCAGUGAGAGCUGUUAUAGAUCAAUUAUAACAUGAGAACAGUUACAAACUAAGAAAAAUCAGACUAUGGAGUUUUAAAUAGAAAAUGCAAACUAAGUGAGAUGGUGAAGAGUAACGA